UUCGGUGGGUUAUUGAGCAAGGUGGGAUGCUUUGGGACUGGUCUAUACCAGGUCGGUAGACCUGACCAUUCAAGAGAUAGAAAAGAAUACAAGUACGAGCAAUUGCGCAAUGUUGCGGUAAACAAUGAGUUGCAUGAUGUUGAACUCAUUGCGUGGGCAUUCGGUUUCUUCGACGCUUCUGUCCAACUUGAAAACUCGGUAGAAACAAAAUCCCAGUAUCCUAUCUCUUUUACCCUAGCAAUAUUCACUGUGACUAUCUCUUCAAGAUGGAUUACGCGGAACUAUUGACGGUCCGCCCCUGGAUCAUAUUCCUCUCUGCUACGGCCGGGGUAUGGAUAAUAUAUCAACUAUGCAAUAUACUAUACAAUAUAUCGCCGCUUCAUCCCCUAAGCCAUAUUCCGGGGCCUUGGCUUGCGAGGGCAACAUAUCUGCCCGAAUUUUACUAUGAUCUGAUAAAGUAUGGUCGAUACACAAAGCAAAUCCAGAAAAUGCACGAAAAAUAUGGACCUAUCAUUCGUAUUAGUCCCGACGAAGUACACUGCAGUGAUAUAAACUUCGUCGACGAGAUAUAUGCUGUUGGUAACCGUAAGCGGAACAAGCCAUUGCACCUGAUCAGCGGCUCAGCGCAUACUGAGUCUGCGUUUGGCACGAUGGAUCACAAUUUGCAUAGAGUACGUCGAGGACCCGUGGCUAAAUUCUUCGCUCGGGGGAUGAUUUCACGAUUGGAAGACGAUAUACAUAAGCUAGCACAAGUACUCUGCGACAAGCUAUUGCAUUCAGGCGAUAGCCCAAUCGACGUUGUCGUUGCUUAUAGUUGCUUCGCUUCGGAUGCCAUCUCCUCUUACUGCUUUGGCGAGAGCUUCGGCUUUUUAGACCAAGAAGGAUGGUACCCUAACUUCCACGUUCCCGAAGUCGCCAUACUUAAACCCGUCUUCGCCCUUCGAUUCUUUCCUAUUCUCAGGCAUUUAUUCAGUCUUGGAGACUAUUUCAUGGACUACCUUCCUGCUGACUUCGCGCUCCUCAUCCGAACUCUUAGGGUCGAGAUGCCGAAGAAGGUGAAAAACAUGGAAGCCGAAAUCAAUUCAGGGGUAGUAAGAGACAGACCUACUAUAUUUAGUUCUCUAUUACAAUUAUCACCCGAGGAGAAGGAACCAUUGGAUCUAUCCGAUGAAGCGGCAGCCCUUCUCGGUGCAGGAACAAUCACUGCGAGCUGGACGCUUUCCAUCAUCACAUACCAACUGCUCACGAAGCCUGAAAUGAUGGAAAAAUUAACAGAGGAGCUAAAAGGUGCUGUUGAUGAUCCUCGACAUCUACCAGCCUGGAAUGUCCUCGAGAGCCUGCCUUAUCUUGAUGGGGUUGUCCAAGAAGGACUGCGUCUCUCUUAUGGUGUUUCAGCUCGUUCACCACGGGUCGCGACCGAAGAGGAUCUGAUAUAUCGCGGAGAAUGGAACAAAAAGCCAGUCGAGUACGUUAUUCCCAAGGGUUACGCUAUCGGCAUGUCGUGUGUUAUAUCCCAUCACAACGAAGACAUAUUCCCGGAUUCUCAUGCGUUCAUCCCGGAACGCUGGAUGGAUGCUGAGAACAAAAAGCUCCUCGACCGUGGUAUGUUCGCAUUUUCGAAGGGUAGCCGGUCCUGCCUAGGAAUGAACCUUGCUCUAUGCGAGAUAUACGUAGCUCUAGCUGCUCUUACCUUACGCGUCUUUCCACAAGCGCGACUAUAUGAGACGACGGAGGAAGAUAUCACUUACGACCACGAUAUGUUCGUCCCUAUGCCUAAGGCAGGAAGUAAGGGUGUGCGAAUAAUCAUCUCAACCAGUUAAGCGAUAAUUUCAGCCUAGCUUCCAU